AUGGCUGCGAUGAUGGCUGCAGUCCCAUUUGACAAUCUCUACGUGGAGGGGGUUCCUGAAGACGCACAUUCGUUACUAGAAGCCUCGAUCGAAGAUUUCGAAGAACAAGAACGACGCUCGCCCCUCCUUUCCGGCUUCAGAUCAGAUCACGGAGACAGCGAGGUCGACGACCGGUCGAGCACGGGGCUACCAUGGUCUCCUCCGGGGUUCAAGAUCCGCAAUGCGAACGCGAGUGGAUGGUUCAGACAUGAUCCGUAUGCAAAAUAUGAUUUGCGACCGUCGAUGAGCCCAUCGAGAUCAAGACAGACAAGCCCAGAAGUAUAUCUAGAUGCCACAGAAGGAGACCCAGACAUUACGGUGGCUGUCAAUACACCCCUGCCUUCGGGCACAGACUCACCGGUACGGGAGCGCUCCCCAGAGGCAGAACCUCAACAUGAUGUGAAGAUUGGAGACUAUGGCCCGGAAGAGCCUGUCUCUCAGGAGAGCCCAAACAACUAUAUUCGAUUACAACUCCGAGCGGAAGUGCAACACCGGGAACCUUUCGUCACCUUUUUCAACUUUGUUCACCGCAAAUUCGAUGUUAUGACCCGGACAAAAUCAAGCACGCUCUUUUCUCUUCUAACGACUCUUCUCUUCGCAUCGCUUUUACGCAUUAUUCUCAUUCCCCCCAUUUCUCCUCCUGUCCCCGACCUGGUUAAGGUGUCGACCCUGGCCAAAUCGUUCGAGCCAUUAAUUUUCUAUUCGGAGAAUGGCUACGCUCAAAUCACGGCGCUGCAAGAAACAAGCGUGGCAGUUUGGGACCUUGGAGAGUCAGUCAGGAGUGCUAACAUGACUUCGGCGCCGCUUAUUGUACGCUCUUUGGAUGAAUUGUCCGACAGCCUGAAGUCUCUGGGACUAGAAUUGACACGCUUCUUCGCCGAUGUCGACUCGGACGUGGAUAGUAUUCUCCUUGUGAUGGAUUGGGCCAAACGAGAGCUGCAAGGCCUCACAUCGACUCAAGGCGGUUCGUUUUCCGGGGUGGUCUUUGAUCACUUGCACGGCCUUUUGAAUCGGGGAGGACUAUUGGAAACAUCCACGGGACCGACCGCACUAGGAAAGGUGCUUACAGAUGUCUUUGGCGCCAGUUCGCCGCAGAAAACGAGAGCAACACUGACGAGGACCUUCCAUGAGUUCGUCAAUGUGCUUGAGGAAUCUAUCAACAGUGAAUUGACCCACUCAGCGGCAUUGUUCGCUCUGUUCGAAUCCAUCGACCGGCAAUUUUUGAACCUGCAGCGAACCGUGGUCAGAGAGACAGAUACACAGGAGAGACUCGAGAAUGAUCUGCUAUCGUCCCUGUGGACUCGAGUGAUUGGUCCAAAUGCGGCGAUGUUGAGGAAGUACGAGAAAAACAAACAACUGUUAUCCAGCGUGCGAUCCAGGACCGUCAACAACAAGCACCUACUGAUGGAGCAUCAUGGCCGGUUGCAGACACUCAAAGUCAACCUGGAAACGCUCCGGAGGAAAUUGGUGAGCCCGCUGGUCAGAAGAAAUGACUCGGUCAGCAUUGAUAACGCGAGUGUGGUUGAGCACCAGAUUAGGGGACUGGAAGGAACUUAUGAUUAUCUCAGGGGCGUGCGCGAGAGACAGAAGAGCAAACUCAUGGAAAUGGUUUAUGGAGCAAAGUCUGGACGGGCCCGCCUUGUGGGGGUGGGCGGUGGCCUGGAUGGCAUGGCUCUUGAUGGUUGA